GUCAGAACAGAAAAACACGAAAAAGAAAAAAACAGAAGAAAAGAAAAGAAGAGAAAAAUAUGAAGGGUGAUGAAGCCAAGCUUUUGCUCGGAUUCGCUCCCAAUUCUCGGCCUAGUCCUUCUCAGGUGAAAGCAGCUUACAAAAGAAAGGUAUGGGAGUGUCAUCCUGACCUCUUCCCAGCUCGUCAUAAAAAGCCUCUUGCAGAGUCUAACUUCAAACUGAUAUCAGAAGCUCACACUUUCCUUCUUUCGGGUGGGAAUGGUGAAUAUUUAAGUUCAGGUGUCUUGAUUAGCAACAUAUUCGCGAGUUGUGAAAACGGGAGUUCCAAGGGCACAAGGGGGAAGUUACAGAAAUCACGCUUUGAUUCAAAUGCCCUUCCUAUUUCUUGUUCUGGGAACAGUUGCACUCGGAGGGUUUAAUGCUUCCAGAGCUUACAAGAAGCAAAAAGAGGCAUACCCUUCUCACAAUCCCUUUCUUCCUUGAUUUGGUCCUGUGACUGGUACCAAAGCGGAUGCUCAUUUAAUGUUGGUGAAUAGAAAUGCUUCAAGAAAUUAGUUUCCUGGUAACGAGUUUACUAGCGACGACAUAAAAUUCGCCGCUGAAGACUCUUUAACAGCAAUACUAAUGUCAUCAAUAAAUACAACCCAUAAUUUAAAGGCAGUUAAUAUCUCUUAUUUCUUUCUUGUUUCUUUGUUCUUUUGAGUUGAAUUCGUUGCACAUAUUUGCACAUUUUGAUUGCUAACUUUUUGCCUGUAUGUUGUAAUGGUGCUCUCCUCUAUAUACGAUUCUCUAUUUCAUUUUAAAUCAAUAUUCUUGUUUUGUCUCUAUUCUGUUUUUCUUCCAUUUCUUGUCAGCGGAUGCUUUUC